AUGAUUGUCGGCGAGCUCUCACAAAACGAGCUCCAGUCUUACCUCGAUAUUCAAAACAGAGAUCGGUGCGAGGCUAUUGGAAGAAUCCACCAGAACAUAAGAAGUCUCUGCCUGACAUCAAAGCGAGUUGAGUCUAUCGCAAGGCCUCUCCUAUUUCGAACUAUCACGGUCUCUUCGCCUAAACAGCUGCUGCUGCUGUAUUCAGCACUGCUGGAGAAGACGCAGCUCGGCUUUUACAUCAGAGAGAUCAGUCUCGAGAUUCUUCCCAAAAGUAUCAACCCGAAGGACUUCCUGCCUCUGCCCUCCGGAGCCUUGACCCUCCUCACCACGCCCUGGGAGAGUCCAGGCCGCGAACUGGACACUGAGGAUCAUGAGUACCCGGCUUACUAUUGCGAUCAAAUUCUCUCCUUGGCCUUGUACUCGAUACUUCGAAGAGCACCAGAUACUCAGAAACUGGUCCUCAGAAUCCAGCAAGUCUCGUUCCGCUACCCCGAGGACCGCGAAAAGGACCUCACCUUCGCGUACGAGCCUUUCUUCAGAAGGGUUCAGUUUGCACGUGCCAGAGCUGAGUUCCUCCCGCGUCUGAAGACUUUGCAGCUCCUUGGAGAUCCAGAGCUCCCAGGCAAGAUGGUCAUAUACGACAUCUGCGCACCUCUGUUCCAGAGCAGCACCUUGGAGAACAUCGCCGUGUCUCAGGUGCUGGGCCUCUUGGACGACUCGGGGUGUGAGGUCUCGUCCGCUUCUGACAAAGCUCUCGGGACUAUCAAGACCGCCGAACUACGAGAUUGUCUUUGUGGGGAUCGGGAACUGCGGGGGUUUGGAAGUGUAUUUCCCAACCUCGAGUCUUUCAAGUUAUCACUCAUGAUGGACGACUUUUGCAACUCUAGCGACGCGAAUGGCGCGCGCGGCGAGAAUCGCUUCGAGGACCUCGAGGGGUCUCUGAGGAAGAUGAAAAGUCUUCAUACCCUGAAUCUCGAGUUCUCGCACACUUUCAAGGCCAUCGAUAUGUCGAAGUUGCCCGCAGAGGGCCUGAGUCUUGCAUCGCUAGUCAAUCUGGCGAUUCUGAGAAUCCCUCUCAUGAUCUUGGCGGGUGGAGACGACACAACCAGCUGGAGCAUCGGAAGUCGCCUCGCCCGGAACCUGCCGCGAUACUUGAAGCACCUGACCGUGUCUAUCGAGGUCAGCAGCCUCACGCACUGGUAUGGGGACGGCGCCACGGAUGUGUCCAGCGCAACCAGCACGCAGAUCUCGACUAUCCUUGGCUUCAUAGAGGCGCUGUCCAGCCUUGGGACAGAGGUAUUCCCGCACCUGAAAGAGGUAGUAUGUUGCUACACGAUGAAGGGUUACCGGCGCCGGCAAGAAAUCGAGAUCGCCGAGGCCACCAGCACGGACUUGGAGGAAGCGGAUCUCUUUGGACUUGAUGAAGACAGCUCCCAACGCCUAGAGAAACUCCGGAGAUCAGUUCGGCGUUCACAAAUACGUUUCAGUGUAGCAUAUGAGGAGCUCUACGGCAAUAUCGAGAGCCGGGAUGGAGGUUGGGCGUGA